UCCGCGCUCGCCCGGCGUCGCCGGCAACUGUGGUCCCGAUGCUGCCCAAACGGCGGCGAGCACGGGUCGGGUCCCCAGGCGGCGCUGCAGCCUCCUCGGCGCUGCCCCCGACGCUCUUCCCCGGCGUCUCUGUCUACCUGGUGGAGCCGCGCAUGGGCCGCAGCCGCCGAGCUUUCCUCACGCGCCUGGCGCGCUCCAAAGGCUUCCGCGUCCUCGACGCCUGCAGCUCUGAGGUGACCCACGUUGUGAUGGAGCGGACCUCAGCGGAGGAGGCCAUAUGCUGGCAGGAGCGUAAUGGGGAGACUGCUCCCCCUGGUUACACUCCACCAGCUCUGCUGGACAUAAGCUGGUUAACGGAGAGUCUGGCUGCCGGGCAACCUGUACCCGUGGAGUGCCGACACCGCCUGGAGGUGGCUGAGCCCAGGAAGGGGCCCCCAAGCCCAGCAUGGAUGCCACCCUAUGCCUGCCAGCGGCCCACGUCCCUCACACACCAUAACACCAGCCUCUCGGAGGCUCUGGAGAUGCUGGCGGAGGCGGCGGGCUUCGAAGGCAGCGAGAGCCGCCUCCUUGCCUUCUGCAGAGCAGCCUCAGUGCUCAAGGCCCUUCCCAGACCUGUCACAGCCCUGAGCCAGCUGCAGGGGCUGCCCCACUUUGGAGAACAUUCCUUCAGGGUUGUCCAGGAGCUGCUGGAGCAUGGAGUGUGUGAGGAGGUGGAGAGAGUUCGGUGCUCAGAGAGGUACCGGACCAUGAAGCUCUUCACCCAGAUCUUUGGGGUUGGCGUGAGGACAGCUGACCGGUGGUACCGGGAAGGGCUGCGAACCCUUGAUGACCUCCAAGAGCGGCCUCAGAAACUGACCCAACAGCAGAAAGCCGGACUCCAGCACCACCAGGACCUAAGCACCCCAGUCCAGCGGGCUGAUGUAGAGGCCCUGCAGCAGCUGGUGGAGGCAGCCGUGGGGCAGGCCCUGCCUGGGGCUACGGUCACGCUGACUGGUGGCUUCCGGAGGGGGAAGUUGCAGGGCCAUGACGUGGACUUCCUCAUCACCCAUCCCGAUGAGGGCCAGGAGGCGGGGCUGCUACCCAGACUGAUGAGCUGCCUGCAGGACCAGGGCCUCAUCCUGUACCACCAGCACCACCACAGCCGCUGCGAUGCCCCCAGCCCUCCGACUCGGCAGAGCCGUACCAUGGACAACUUUGAGAGGAGUUUCUGCAUCUUCCGCCUGCCACAACCCUCAGGGGCUGCUGCUGGGGGUGCCCUGAGUCCCUGCCCAGCCUGGAAGGCUGUGAGGGUUGACUUGGUGGUCGCACCCAUCAGCCAGUUCCCUUUUGCCCUGCUCGGCUGGACUGGCUCCAUGCUUUUCCAGAGGGAGCUUCGCCGCUUCAGCCGGAAGGAGAAGGGGUGGUUGUUGAAUAGCCACGGGCUGUUUGACCCAGAGCAGAAGGUGUUUUUCCACGUGGCUUCAGAGGAAGACAUCUUCAGACACCUGGGCCUCGAGUACCUCCCCCCAGAGCAGAGAAACGCCUGAGCCUGCCUGUGGCCCCUACUUUCACUCUCUGGAAAUGAGGGGCUGCCCCACAUCUUCACCACUUUCAAGUGAGGAACCCCCACCUCCACUCCAGGGGCCUGUCUCCGCCAGUCCUGCCUGAGUGAUCAGCCCCCAUCAGCUGAGCCCUCACCAGCAUGCUGCAGGGUGUCAGCGAGGUGGG